AUGUUUCACGUACUACUCCAUGUGCCUGGUGGCAGACGUUCUUUUCUCAGGAGAGGUGCUCUGCUCGUGGCAGCUGCACUUGCCUUAAGCUAUGCCACCUUUGCCUUCGUCCCAAGGAUUGUGAAGGCACUGGCAAACCAAUGCUUUCUUACAAGAGUCGUCAGGCAGGCUGCUAAGGAGAGAAAUCCAGUUGAACGCAUGCAGAGAUUUCUACGACCCCGAAUGGGGAAGGGAACUAUUCGUGAGCUGCCUCCAAAUGCUGAGAUGAUCGGCAGCUUGAAAAUUGCGUACGAGGUAGUGCUUCCGAAGCCGAUGGGCAUUGCCUUGGAAGAUGGGCCCCAAGGGCCAGGAUUUGGAGUUGGUGUGGCAGACGUGAUGGAGGGUGGCAGUGCGCACAAGCUCCUCCAAGAUGUGCUUGCGGGCCGCAAGGACUCUAUGUGGAUCCAGGAGGGAGAUGAGCUGGAGGCAGUCAAUGGUGAGCCAUUAAACGGUUUCAAGGAGAAGGCUACCGAACUCGUCCAGAAGUCUGGGGACGAACCGGUGAGGUUGACCCUGUCCCGCCCGCGAAAAGGAUACAUCAAGGUGGUGUUCCCGGAUGGAAAGUCGGCAACAUCUCCCAGGGCAGCGAUCCUGAAACGCCUCGCAGAAAAGGUGGGCUACAACUGUGGCUGCACCUGCAGCGACGGCCGUUGCGGCAAGUGCUUUCACAAGGAUCCCGCGACUGGCGAAGUCUAUGUCCUCCCUUUGAACGUGCCUGGCCUCGUGCCUUCAGUGUGGCGCAGAUCCGACGAGGGCGGGGUGAGGCCGGGGGAAGCAGAGUUUGAAUGUUGGAUUCCUUUGCGUCUUGAGCGAGCUCCAGAAGAAUACGAGAAGGCUAUCAAGGAGGAAGCCGCUGAGAGUGCAAGACGUGACAGCUAA